AUGGCAGGGAACGAGCCUGCUGUUAUUGAGUCACUAGAUUUAAUAGCAGGGUCACCACUCAGAGUUUUCUAUUAUCUUUCAGUUUGUGGCAAGCAGGCUGUGCAGGAGCAUAUUUAUGGAGGAGCCAAUGCUAUGCCCGGAGAGUGGCCUUGGCAUGCAAGUCUGAGCUACCUGGGCAAGCCGUUCUGUGGGGGCAGUCUCAUAUCUGACAGCUGGGUCAUCACCGCUGCUCACUGCUUUGAUGGAAACUCGACCUCGAAGGAUCCAAAGUCAUGGACUGUGCAGCUGGGCUUCACCAAAUUUGGGGACGUGACAGAGAACUCGGCUGUCAAUGUGACAAUACUGAAGAUAGUGAUCCCUGAAAACUACACAAACUUUGUGGUGGGAACGGAUAUGGCUUUGGUGAAGCUGUCUCACCCAGUGGCAUUUACACAACUUAUUUCCCCUGUCUGCCUCCCAGAAAAGACUCACAGAUUCCGUUUACGUAGUACGUGCUAUGCCACCGGCCUCAUGAAUGUAUCUGAAGAGGAUAAGAGUGCAGAAAAAGAUGUACCAGAAAAAGUGCCGCUGGACAGCACAAGGGCUCUGCACAAAUUGACUAUAAUCCUGGUCGGCUGGAGAACCUGUAACUGUAUCUACAACUCUUACAUGAAGCCAGAGCUGUUAAACCCCACAAAGCCAGGCAUGAUGUGUGCAGUAGAACAUGAUGAGCAAACAGGGCCAAGGCUCGGCGACUCUGGGGGUCCGAUAGUCUGUAAUGAGGAUGGCAUCUGGUUCCUUGCGGGUAUCAUCAGUUUCUCUGCAGAGUUCAAACUACAUGAUACUCCCACCAUUGUCACUGCCGUGUCUUUCUAUCAAGAAUGGAUCCAAAACAAUGUGGACACUGAUGCUUCCUUUGCCCCCCAAAACAUCACAGUGACCGAUGAUGUAGACACUGAUAACUGCAGUGACCUCCUGAGCACCAAGAACCCAGGCUGUGGGAGAAUCCUCCAAAUAAAGGCUCGUGGUUCUAAUGACGCAGGUGCGUGGCCUUGGCAGGUUGACCUGGUGAACAAUGGGCUCCAUGCGUGUGGAGGUGCCUUGAUAUCUGACUCCUGGGUGAUAACAGCUGCUCACUGCUUUACUGGACCUCUCUCAUCAGACUCCCCACAUGGCUGGACUGUGAUAGUGGCCCCUGGGUCGCCAGCCAUGCGUGAGAUCUCUGUCCAGAGCAUAAGCAUGCAUGGAGCAUUUAUAUCACCAGAGGACGGGAGAGAUGUUGCCCUACUUCAGCUUGCCCAACCAGUUAAUUUUGGGCCAUACAUUCAGGCAGUCUGCCUCCCUCAAGCUUCCAACCACAUAAAGUAUGGAUCUUCAUGCUGGCACACUGGGUGGGACAGACCCACCGUUGAUGGAAAGACUGGGCCACCGAGGGCUGUGGCGAUGGAGCUGAUUGAUCCUAGCCAGUGUAACUGUAUCUACAGCCACCCAAGCUCAGCCAAUCACAGCAUGUCUAUACUACCUGGCAUGAUAUGUGCCUCCAACAAGGAGAAAGAGGAAAACCAAUGCCUGAGCGACUCUGGUGGACCCCUUGUUUGUCAAGAGGAUGAAGUAUUUGUUCUUGUUGGGCUGCAAAGCUUUGGUGGGAAGUGUCAGCAAAGGAUGGAAGGGGACACCAUCCUUCCUGGAGUGUUCACUCAGCUUAUCACCUACGAGGAUUGGAUGUACCAUGUGACAAAUGACAAUUCUUUAAAUCUACAGCCAAUGACCACCUACGGGGAGGUGGACAAUGAGAGAUGCCCCAUAAAUCUUUCAAGAGGUUGUGGGUACACAAUCUCGUCCCCCGGUUCUGUUCCUAAUAACAAUGCGACAGAAGGUUCUUGGCCAUGGCUAGUGAGUAUUCAGAGAUAUCAGCGGCAUGCCUGUUCUGGUGCUGUUAUUGCUCAGACUUGGGUCCUCACCUCAGCUCACUGCAUGUUCAGUUAUAAACUUGAUUUAAAUGAUGAUUACACCGUUAUCCUGGGGAGGCAAAGUCAGAAUGGCCCAAACCAUCAUGAAGUAACACGCAAAGUCCGACGGGUAGUUAUCCACCCAGAGUACAACCAAACCUCAGGAAAAAAUGACCUGGCACUGAUAGAGGUCUACUAUGAUGUCACCUUUAGUGAUUACAUCCAACCCAUCUGCCUUCCGCCUGAAGACAUUAAACCGCCAAGCACCGGCUGCUGGGUCACUGGAUGGGAAAUCUGGAACCCACCAGAAAACAAACCUGCAUCUCCUUUAAUUCAGGAAUUAGAAGUGUCUCUGCUGGUCAAUGAGAAAUGUGGAGAUCAGGGGAACAAAUCUGGACCAAACCAAGAUACCCAGCUAUGUGCAGCGAAGAUAAAUGAAAAGGACUUUACUUGUCUGAAGGAAUCCAGUGCACCCCUGGUGUGCCAGCUUCAUCCUGGAGGACCAUGGUUCUUGUUUGGCAUUGGCAUCUCGCUCAUAAAAUCUAGGGGUUAUGAGUGUCCUGCAAAAUAUACUCCAAUGCCCUCCAAGUUGUCUUGGGUCAGGGAGGUCGUACCACACACAGAGUUUGACUUAGUCAAGUUGACUUAGUCAAUGGCUCACAAGUGCAAAACACUGGCAUUACUUCCCAUGGCACCAAAUGGCAAAAUCUGACAACACUUGAAUGUGAAUGCCAUUCAAACUCCUCAGGAUGUGAGCACCAGCAACCCACCGAAUGCCAAUGCGUCAGCAAAGCACAACAAGAAAGCGCUACAACACAGAACCGGAUACA